CAGACGGCGGAGGAUCUCGAGCGACAAUGAAGCAGCAACAGCAGAUCCUUCAGGCGCAGAUCCUUCAGGCGCAGCCCCCCCAGACGCAGCCGCUGCACGCCGCUGGCGGGGGGGUCCCGGCCUUCCUCAGUAAGCUGUGGGCGCUGGUGGGCGAGGCCCCCAGCAACCAGCUUAUCACCUGGAGCCAGAAUGGCCAGAGUUUCUUGGUAUUGGAUGAACAGAGAUUUUCAAAAGAGAUUCUUCCCAAGUACUUCAAGCACAACAACAUGGCAAGCUUUGUCAGACAGUUAAACAUGUAUGGCUUCCGUAAAGUUGUUCAUGUUGAUUCUGGUAUUGUCAAACUGGAGCGAGAUGGUCCAGUAGAGUUUCAGCACCCGUAUUUUAAGCAGGGCCGGGAGGACUUGUUGGAACACAUUAAAAGGAAGGUUUCUUCUUCGAGACCCGAAGAAAACAAGAUACGUCAGGAAGAUCUCUCCAAAAUACUAAGUAAUGCUCAAAAGGUGCAGAAUAAACAAGAGACCAUUGAAUCUCAGUUGUCUGCAUUGAAGAGAGAGAAUGAAUCCCUGUGGAGGGAAGUAGCAGAACUGCGAGCAAAACACUUGCAACAGCAGCAAGUUAUUCGGAAGAUUGUACAAUUUAUUGUUACCUUGGUGCAGAAUAACCAGCUUGUGAGCCUGAAACGCAAGAGGCCUCUACUUCUGAACACUAAUGGACCUACAAAGUCGAGUGUGUUUCAACAAAUUGUGAAAGAACCAGCUGACAGUAACCAUCAUGUACCUCUCAACAGAAAUGAAGGCUUAAAGCAAAGGGAACAGAUUUCAGAUGACAUUAUUAUUUAUGAUGUCACUGAGGAUGUGGGAGAUGAAAAUCCCAUGGCUGAUGAAGAAAAUCCCAUGGCUGAUGAAGAAAAUCUUCCCAUUGCACCAGAAGCAAAUGAAGAUUCCACUUCUGAUUCUUCAAACUGUAGUCAUUCUCCUGAUAUUGUAAUUGUGGAAGAUGAUAAUGAAGAAGAAUAUGCUCCUGUAAUUCAAGGGGAUAAAAGCACAGAAUCAGUUGCUGUCCCGGCUAAUGAUCCACUCAGCCCUGUCAGUGACAGCACAAGCCCACUCAUGUCAAGUGCUGUGCAGCUGAAUAACCAGUCAACUUUAACUGCAGAAGAUUCUGUCUCAAUGAUGGAUUCCAUACUCAGUGAGAACGGAGUCAUUUCACAGAAUAUAAAUCUCCUUGGAAAGGUUGAACUUUUGGAUUAUCUUGACAGCAUCGACUGCAGUUUAGAGGACUUCCAGGCUAUGUUAUCAGGACGACAGUUCAGCAUAGAUCCAGACCUCCUGGUUGAGAUGGAGACAAAAGAAAUAGAAACUACCAAGAAUAAUGCUGGUCCUGCGGCUUCACAGGAGACACAAGUUUCUAAGCCCAAAUCAGAUAAACAGCUCAUACAGUACACAGCAUUUCCACUCCUAGCAUUCCUUGAUGGGAACCCAGGCUCCACCAUUGAGAGCGGGAGCUCUGCUGUGGAAACUCCUUCCUGUGUUGACAAACCCCUUGAAGUGGAUGAGCUGCUGGAGAGCAGCCUUGAUCCUCAGCCCACCCAGAGCAAACUGGUGCGGCUGGAGCCGUUGACAGAGGCAGAAGCGAGCGAAGCCACGCUGUUCUAUCUAUGCGAACUUGCCCCGGCACCCAUGGACACAGACAUGUCCUUCUUGGAUAACUGAUGCGACGGGAACUCUGUAUAUAGCCAUGAACUAUUUAUUUAGAAUAUUGUUUGGUAUAUGAGUUUUUUGUAAAUCACUGUUUUAUGUAACCAGGUACCGUGGAAUCCAAAAUACUUUUCCUGUGUUACUUCCUACAAGCAACUUUUUAACUGUGUGGUUAGAACAGCUGUGAGGCACGGUUGGCAAUACCAAGUUAAGACUGUUACUGUAUUGCUGUGAAGUACUUGGUAUUACGCAUAUUGUUUUAAGUAUCCCAGGUAACUGAAAACUUGUUGAUAGUAAGCUUUAUGAUUUCUUAUACUUCUGGUCGUACAUAUGAUGAUGUAAACUAGUAGUGUAUGGUUAGAGAACACUGACUUUAUGUAUUUUGGGGUUUUUCUAUUUUUUACAACAUUUUAACAAACAUACAGCUUUUUGGGGGUGGGGGUGGGACCAGGACCUGAUGUAGGCUUUUUUUUUCCCUGCUUGAACUGGGAACAAAGUGCCUGUACCUUGCAAAAUCUUGGUUCUGCCUUACUUUCACUUCAGCAGAAGUGCUCACACAUAGCACAAACCAGGGAAAAGUUCUUCACAGCCACCAGGCCCCUUGACUGCAUGAAUACUUUUAUCUUGGACCAUCUACGCUGGUAAAAUAAAUGUCACUUAAGUAAGUAA